CCACCGGUGUCUGUCUAUUUAUACAAACGCAGCCGUGGGUCGUGAUAACAGGACGCGGCUGGGACUUAGAGAGAUACAUCACAACGCGUGCCGGCUCUGGCCCAGGCUGCAGCCAUGCCUCUUCUGGAAGAGAGCGCUCUGCCACAAGAGCACCCACCCACUGUCCCUGUGGUUAUCAUAGGGAACGGACCAUCAGGCAUUUGUUUGUCCUACCUGCUGAGUGGACACAAGCCCUAUCUAGACACAGCAACUGUCCACCCAAACCCAAUACUAUACAGGAAACUGCAGGAGAACAAACACCUAUCUAUCACUGAACAGGAUCUGGAAUAUUUGAGUGAAGGUCUUGAGGGGAGGUCAAGGAACCCUGUGGCUGUGCUGUUUGACACACUUCUGCACCCCAAUGCUGACUUUGGCUACGAGUUCCCCCCUGUCCUUCAGUGGAGGAGGGACAAGCAGCAACACAUCCCACAUCUGGUGUUGGGGAGGGCAACGCCUGGAGGUGCUUGGCAUGCAAUGGAGGGCUCAAUGCUAACUAUUAGUCUUGGCAUCUGGAUGGAGCUUCCUGGGGUUAACUACAGGGACUUGACCAACGGGAAACGCAGGGAUGUCACCAGUGACAGAGCCACCCCAGAGGAGAUCUCAUCCUAUUACCGUAACUAUGUGAAGCUAAAGGGCCUUCAAAAGAAUUUUGUUGACAACACCUACGUGACCUCAGUCCAAAAGCUCUGCCGGGGGCACGAGGGUGAAGGUCUGGAAAAUAGGCACAGUGAUCAAGGAGAUGGAGGGGUGGAAGAUGGUGGGAAUGAAAGCUUUGAGGGAAAUGGAGUUGAGUGUCUUAAUAAUGGAGGAGGGGGGGCUGUCUGGGAAGUAAGGGGAUACCAGCAGGUGCAGAACGACACUCAUGUGCCCUUCUCUUUGUUUGCUGAGAAUGUAGUACUGUCCACUGGUGCGUCCGAUUCGCCAGUUCGAUUAGGCGCAGAGGGGGAGGACCUACCAUUCGUAUUCCACAGCAUCUCAGACCUGGGUUUUGCCAUAAGCCAGAGAAAACUGGAUAAGAACUCUGAUCCAGUUUUAAUUGUAGGUGCAGGUUUAAGUGCUGCAGAUGCAGUUCUGUGCGCUUGUAACAGCAACAUCAGAGUGCUGCAUGUCUUUCGUAAGAGCGUAAACGACUCAGACCUCAUCUUCAAACAGCUGCCCAAGACCCUGUACCCAGAGUACCACAAAGUCUACAACAUGAUGUGCUCUCAGACCUACACAAACGUGGCUCCCUCCUCUGCUUCAAACAGAGCCCAGGCAGUAAGUAUCGCCUCUUCAGUGUGUGCCAAGAUGUGCCCAAAGCCCCAACUUGCUGCAGGUAACAUGGAUGGUAAUGCUGCUGUCAGCCUGUUUCCUGACUACACAAGUUUCCCUGAACACUGCUUGGUGUCCUUCCAGUCAGACAUGAAGUGUUUGCUGCAGGGGAACAACUCCCUCAAGGCAUUCAAGAUCUCCAUGGCCUUAGUGCUGAUCGGGACAAACCCAAACUUGUUUUUCUUGAAGGGCCAGGGCCAGUACCUCGGUCAGGAUCCAACAAAACCUAUCUCCUGCACGCAGAACCCCAUUGACAUUCACCCCUACACUUUUGAGUGUACCAAGGAGCCAGGCCUGUUUGCCAUGGGCCCGUUGGUUGGGGACAACUUUGUUCGCUUUUUGAAGGGUGGCGCUUUAGGCAUCGCCUCGUGUCUGCUGAAGAGACUCAAGAAGAAAGGGAAGCUCUACAGCAUUGGAGGGAAUAACUUAAUUUGA